AUGCCACGCUGGAUCCUCGGAGACAAGUUCGACACCGUCUACCCCCACAAGGGCUCGUUGAAGGUCCUGUGGGAGUCGAGAUGGAAGUUUGCCUGUUCGAAAUCCGUCUAUCCCUUCCAUGACGGCUCCAUCGAGGACUUUGAGCCCAUCUUCAACCAUCUCAUCUCGAAAAACAUCAACGACGCUGCCUCGGAUGAAUACACUCAGGCAUUCCUCCCCACGGCAUCUGCCCUCGAGGAAAAAGCCGCGCAGGCCCUCCAAGCCGGCAAAAAAGAGGAGGCCUCAAACCUCCUCUGCCGCGCCGCGGUCGUCUACCGCAUUUCUCGCUUCCCCUACGUGGACAUCACCAAGCCCAAGUCCAUCAAGCGGGUAGCCUUUGAGCGCCAGAAACAGGCCUACCUGAAGGCAACCAGCCUCUGGACCCAGCCCAUCCACGAGGUGAUCGUGCCUCACACCUACCGUGCCGGCAACGACGGCGCGCACAUCCCCAUCUACAUCCGCACCCCGGCGAGCGCAGACCAGUCGAACCCCGUCCCUGUAGUGCUGAUCAUGACCGGACUAGACGGCUACCGGCCAGACAACAGCCAGCGCACGCACGAGAUCCUCGCGCGCGGCUGGGCGGCUGUUAUCGCUGAGAUCCCCGGCACGGCGGACUGUCCCGCUGACCCUGCGGACCCUGCCUCGCCGGAUAGACUGUGGGAUAGCGUCCUAAGCUACCUCGACCAGCGGCCCGAGCUGAACACGGCCAAGAUGGUGGUCUGGGGGUUGAGUGCGGGCGGAUACUAUGCUAUCCGGGCGGCGCAUACGCACCGUGACCGCCUGCUAGGGGCUAUUGCGCAUGGUCCGGGAUGCCACCAUUAUCUUGAUCCGGAGUGGUUGGCGAAGGUUAAUGACCACGAGUAUCCUUUUGAGUUAACCCCCGCAUGGGCAACCAAGCACGGGUACAAGACCGUCGAGGAGUUCGUAGCCGGCGCACAGAAGAAGUUCUCGCUUGUUGAGACGGGCAUCGUCGAUCAGCCCAGCUGCCGUCUGCUGCUGUUGAAUGGCGUUGAUGAUGGCGUUGUGCCGAUUGAGGAUUGUCUGGUGCUGUUUGAGCAUGGCUCGCCCAAGGAGGGACGAUUCUACAAGGGUCUCCCGCAUAUGGGAUAUCCCAACAGUCUUCCUACUUCCUACGAGUGGCUGGAGCAGGUUCUGGCUUCGCCUUCGAAGACGAAGAACUGA